AUGGCACCGCAACGACACUUUCAGUACAUGUGGGGUGACGCGGGGCUUCCCUUCCUGGGCACCCUUGCAAGGAUGAACCCCAUGAGAUGGAGCCCUGCAAUGCAUGUCUCCAAGCUCGUUGCGGAACUGGAAGCAUCUCGUGAGCGGCCUGUGAGGAUCUACAUGUCAUCGGAGGAUGAGACCCUCACUGUGGACUUUGAUGCCAGCCAGGCUCUUCCGUGGCUCCGUGAGAACUUCGCUUGGGAGUUGACGCAGCAGCCGCCCAACGAGCCGGGCUUCUCCAUUUUUUCGUGCACCCGGCCGCAAGCAGACGAGCCUGAGGAGAUGGUGGUUGAGGAUCAUGCCAAUGCAACCGAAGAGGUCGGUGCAGAGAUUGCGAGAGAGGGAGACCCUGAAACUACUGAAGAAGUGUCCGGAGUUGGAGAGAAAGAUGAUUGCCGUGGGCUGCUGGAUGAGAAUGCCAAAGUGAAGUACAUGUGGGGAGAUGCACGGCUCUUGCCUUUUCAAGUGAUCCAAGAUCUUUCCCGCCACAACCCCAUGCGAUGGAGCAGUCUCCAUAGCCCAGAAGCUCUUGCAGCCAAGCUGGAGGAGUUUCAUGAGAUUCGACCCGUUCGCAUUUCUGCGGACACCCAGCGUGGCAGCUUCGAGCGGAGUUUUCAGAGCCCACGAGCAGCGGCCCAAUGGCUACGAAAGACCUUCACCGCGGACAUGGCGCGCUUGGAUGAAGAACGGCUUUGUGUGAUUUGCCUGACCGAGCCACGGAAUGUGGUGCUGAUGCCCUGUAGGCAUGCCGUCCUAUGUGAGGCAUGCCUAGAUGUGCUGAUGCAAAGCACUCCAAGCGCGUGUCCGGUGUGCCGGCGGCGUAUCCAAAAUCAUGCUCGAGGGCACUUUGUGGAUGACUAUGUCGAGUUGGUGCGGGCCAUGGAAUUAAGACUCGAACGAUCGCAAAUGGCAGCUUAUGAAGGCAUGUACAACCACAUCCGCCCUUUGAUGGUGACUGGUGUGCUCCUCGCUUCAGGCGCUGCUGCUUGUUUUGUGGUGUGUCCACCUGCAGCACCUGCUCUCUUGGCUGGAGCUGGAGUCAUUGGUUACCUGCCGUGGUUUGCAACCACUGUGGCCAACUUCGAAGGGGAGCCCUUGGAAGAGCAGACCAACCGGAUCUUCACCGAGGAGGAUUUCUCAAGCCCUUUGAGGUUGGUCACCAAGGGCGUGGUACUUUUGGUGGCGGCGCCUGUGGCCUUGGUGACUUUCUUCAUUCCCUAUGGGAUCUUUGCUGGGCUUGUGCGGCCCCUGUGCCGCUUAGGUCUUCAAGGCUUGGUGCGAGGUGCCAGCGCUUCGCAUGUCUAUGUGCUGCGGCCACUGGCGCGCCUCUUGGCGGCGACGGGGCGAUUGCUGUGGGACGGAGCUGUUGGGAGCCUGAACCUUCUGGGAGAUAUCGUCGGUGUCGCCGCACAGGGGUUUUAUGAUUUGGUCCUUGCUCCCUCAUGGGGCGCUCUGAGUUGGUGUGGCCAGAAGAUGGCCAAUGCAGCUGCAUGGAUCUACGAGCAUGGCCUAGUACCUGCCGGAAAUGCGGUGUCUGGGGCAGCGCAGGCCUUUUACAACAACUUCUUGGUGCCCUGUGGCACUGCCACAUGGUCCGGGCUUGCAGCUGCGGGCAACGGCACGUACAACUACGUGCUCGUGCCGCUGGGUCAAGCUCUUGCCAAAGGCGCGGAGGCUCUCUAUGCUUUGGUCCUGGUUCCAGCAGGCCAGGCAUCUUUGCAUGCUUUGAAGGGGCUUGGUCGUUUGGUGGCUGGAACCGCUUAUGGGCUUUGGAGCUACAUCCUUCUUCCUGCUGCAGGGGUCACCUGGGAAGGCUUAAAAUUCCUUGGCCGCAUGAUGGCCCUUGGAGCCGAACACGUGUACGCGCACGGGGUGCGGCCAUUGGCCAGCUUUACGUACAACAACCUGUUGACUCCCAUGGGCCAUGCUGCAUCAGCGUUGGCUUCUGGUGUUGCCGCUGUUCUGGCUGCAGCUGCCAAUGGUUUGGCUGCACUCGCCUCUGCGUCAUUUACAUACGUGCUGCUGCCUUGCUUCAAUGCCGGAUCCACCGUGGUGGUUGGCCUUGCAAUGGGCCUAGCAGCUGCCACUAGCGCAGGCUACCAGUAUGUCCUUGUCCCGGUCGCUUCGGCAGUGGGAUCAGCCGCAGCCCAUGUGUACUCUUAUGUGCUGGUACCGUGUGGGCAGGCGACCCUCUCUGGCUGCCGAGUCGUCCUCGAGGCCUUCCAGCAGAUCGGCCACACGGUGCGCGUCACGAUCCAAAGCCUCCUGAGGGCCCAGUCAGUUGCGAUCACGCCAGCUGCCAAGUUCUUCCGCUCCGGCCUUGGACAGGACUUGGCCCCUAUCAUCGCGCAGGCCUUCGUUGCUCACUUGGAGGAGCAGAGACCGGACAAGUGGGCGUCCAUCUCCACACUGGGGAAGGCCAAGCUUUGGCUCCAAGCCCUGGACUUAUGGCAGGAGGUGCGCUCUAAUGCUGAUUUGGUUACAUUCAAUGCCGCCAUCAGCGCAUGUGGCAAGGCUCAAGAAUGGCAGCAAGCUGAAGCCCUCCUGCAGGAUUUCCCAUAUGGAGACUCUCAGCAACCUGACCUUGUGACCUGGAACUCUCUCCUCAACGCUUAUGCCUCAGCCACCGAGUGGCCCUUCGCUCUGCAGCUUCUGGCCGACAUGGAUGCCGAAAAGACGUACUUCGGCAUGACGUUGCCGAAGCCGGACCUCUUCAGCUACAACACGGCUCUGAACGCCUGUGCUCGUGCCGGACAGUGGCGCUGGUCUUUGGCCCUCUUUGAGCGUCUCCGAGAAGUGGGAUUGGUCGCCUCCGAGUACAGCUGCAAUGGCUUGCUGCACGGCAUGGCACGUGCACGUUGUUGGCAGGAGGCUCUCCAGAUGUUACGAAAGCUGCUGGACGGAGGAGAGGUGGUGACAGCUGCCGGCUUCAGCGCGAUUAUGGGUGCCUGUGAGCGGGGUGGUCUAUGGCGGCAGGCGCUUGCUUUGCUGAAGAUGCUAGGCGAUGGUGCUGAUGCGCGUGCCUUGUGCUCGGCGAUCAGUGCUUGUGAGAAAGGUCUCCAGUGGCAGCGUGCCAUUGCCUUGCUCGAGUCCAUGGAAUCUUGGAAGCUGCCGGAAGCCUACGGCGCUGCUUGCAGCGCUUGUGAGAAGUGCAGCGAGUGGCAAGCAGCGCUGGCCAUUGCUGCAGGGACGGUCCCAAAUUUGUUCAUGUGCAGUGCUGCAAUUUCAGCAUGUGCGAAAGCCGGGCAGCUCAAGAGAUCUGUGCGGCUUUUGGACUUCAUGGAGGCCGCUGAUGUGCCACCGGACGCUGCCACCUUUGGGGCGGUAUGCGCUCCUUUGGUGCAAAUCGAGGCCUGGUCGCAGGUUCUCCAGCUCUUCCGCCGGAUGCGCUCCUCCCACCUGACGCCCGACGCAGCGUUGUGCGCCGACGCAGCAGCGCUGGAAAGACCACAGCUGGGGCAAAAGCUGCAAGGGCUUUUGAGGCACAGCUGCUGGACCCUGCUUGUCGGCUUGCAGCGCAGUAGCCGAAACAGCGGAGUCGUCCACUGGCGCCAAGCAGAGCUGCAGAAGGAGCUGUCGAUGGUGUCGCUAGCGACGGAGAGCCUCCUAUCUUUGGACAAGGCUGAUGAUGAGGUUGGAUGCUGGCAGGUCACGUCUUCCCUAUCAACCAAGCGCCCUGCAAGCCACUCAAUCAAUCAGGGGACGCAGGUCUCCAGCGCCUUCCGCCGUUUGCCCAGCACCUGGGCUGCUCGUCACCUCCAUCAAAAGCGCCCGCCACUUCCAGUGGAGUGGCUCCCGAACCUGGGGAGCAGAUCGACCAAGGACCUGCUCCUGGAUUUCCACUUGGCCAAGCCACGCGCGACCGUGCCCUGGGCGCCCUUGGCACGGUCUUCGGCGCUGCUGUGGUGGCCGCGGGGCGUCGAGGCCACGCUCUCCGCCAAGCUGGUGACCGCUUGGACACAGAGCUGCCUUGAUGGAGAGGAGCUCCUCCGGUGCCAUGGCCAUGUGCCGCCGGGCGAGUCCCGCUGGAUGAACCGUGCUGUAGCCUGGCAGCGCAGGGAAGCGGAGCUGGCGGGAUUGGUGGCCUGGGAGAGUGAAGGGGUGGCGGUCACGUGCUCCGUGACGAUCCUGCGAGCGCCCAUUUUCUUCGCUCGACUUUGGGGUUGGGUCCGUCAUCGCCUGACACCUACCAUGGAGCGGAAGGUCCGGAUCUUGGGCGAGGACUUUGAGCAAGGCCUCCGUGAACACAGCGGCCUGGAACGCAAGGCCUUGCCAUCCUUCUUGGGAGGUGAACCCCGAGCCCACCAGGUGGACCAGCACUCUGCGGAGAAGUGUGUGGUGCCCUCUGCGAUCCUCCAGGAGAGGCUUUCCUGCGACGAGUGCAGGCGUUUUGGACUUAGUUUCGGCCCGAUGUCAUUCAAUGAGGAGCUUUUUGACCGCCUGGACACAUGGCUGCUAAAGGCGGCGGAUGCGGUCAAGCCGCAAUUUCCACACGUUUUUGAAUUCCAUGAGCCGGGCACUUCGUCGGCGCUGGACAUGGUGACAGAGCUUCCGCAAUUCCAGAAGACGGCCAGCAACAGCGACGCAGACUCCAACAUAAUGGCGCCCAUGAGCCCAGGAAGUCAGGUUGACGAAGCCCUGCGCAUCGAAUCCACGCGCAUGCAAGAACAGAGACCAUCGGCUCAUCUCACACGGCUGGGCCGGCUUUUGCAACGAGGAUGUCGGGCAGCUGCAGUGGCCAUCACAAAUGCCCCGGUCUUCAAUGUGAUCGUUGCCCUUGUCAUUGUCUCCAACUCCGUCUUCCUUGGGAUCCAGCUGCAAGUGGGCGCAACGCAGGAUUCACGGGAGGGGCCGGCAGCAGAGCAUGGGGAUGCGGUUGUCUUUCUCGUGGGGCAUAUGAUUUAUGCCGUGCUGUUCACAGCCGAGAUGCUUCUACGGCUCUUUGCGACUGGGGUCAGGACCUACUUGAUCGGCAAGGAAUGGUAUUGGAAUUGGCUAGAUUUAUUGGUGGUGAUUCCAGCCUGGAUUGAACUGAUGGCUGACCUCAUGCAGACCGGGGGAGGUGUUUCGUCGGGAGCCAGCAACCUUCGCAUUCUGCGUGUCUUGAGGAUCACGCGGAUGUUGCAAGUGAUCCGGUCCGUGCGCUUGAUUCGAGUCAUCCACGCCUUCCGAGAGCUGAUCUUCUCCAUCUUAGACACCACCCGGCAGCUGGUGUGGGCCAUGAUUUUGUUGGUGUUGAUCAUCUACAGCUUCUCCAUACUCUUCACCGAUGCAGUGUUGCAGAACGAGCACACCUUUAAAGAAGUGCCGCUGGGAGAGUUGAAAUGGGAAGAAGCCCUCUUCUUCUUUGGUGGAAUUUUCGACUCCUACAACACGACCUGUUUAGCUGGCUUUGAUUGGGUGGAAGCGGCUGAUGCUUUGAAACCCUUGGGUGAUUUUUGGGUGCAGCUCUUCCACCUGUAUGUGGCUUUUUGUAGCUUCGCCGUGCUCAAUGUGAUCACCGGUGUUUUUGUGAACAGUGCCAUCAAGACGCGGGAGAAGGACCAUGAGACGGUCAUGCUCCACGUCCAAAAGUUCAAAGACCUGGCGUCCAAUGUUUGGCAGAAGAUGGACACUCGAGGCGACGGCAAGAUUACCAUUACCGAGUUUGAGCAAAUGUUCGAUGACCCUGACAUGCAGGCCUUCUUUGAGUCCAUUGAGAUCAACGCAGUGGAUGCGUGGACUCUUUUUGACUCUUUGGAUAUGGAUGGCGACCACCUCAUCAGCUACGAGGACGGACUGGAGUUUGUCCAGAGGUGCACCCAACUUCACGGUAAUGCCCGAUCAGUGGAUCUCUUCGCGCUGAAGCAGCUGAAUGGCAAGGCGAGUGGGUUCUACGUGUGUUUGCUCGUGCCACUUUAUGCCUCAGAAACCUCUGAAAUUGGCAACUGA